GCUCAUAAUGGUUCGCCAUUGACACAUGGCUACAGAAAUCAGUGAUUUUUGGCCUGAAUUCACCGCGGGAAUUGAAGAGUUAGAUUAUGUUAGGACUCGGUAUUGCAAUGUUUUAUAUAUGGAGUUAUUUUCAGAAGAAAUGGACGGGUCAACACGAGUUAUAUUUAGCAGAUCUUUGCUCAGGUACGUAUGACAUACGUCUGAGUGUCUGACGGUCGGAGCCACAGAAUAGAUCUGAGCGACUGAGCAUACCGGUUUAGAAAUGUUGAAAUUUGCUGUCAGACAAGAUCCAAUGAUACAAUAUAUUAUGCUGUCCAAAAAUCACAUUAGAAACAUAAAUAAGGGAAGGGGAUAUACAAAUACAGAAAUACUAGAAUACCAGCCCUGUAAAGGGGUGGUUGGGGGGGGGGGGUAUUCCGGGAUAAUGUCACUGGUUAGACUUAGACUUGAAUCACUUGACAUAUUUGGAGCGUACAGUUGGUGCUGUGGUAGCUAUUAAGCCGGUUUUCCACUAGGCGGAAUUUUGCAUGCGGAGUGGAAUUUUUCGUUGUCUUUUCUAAUUAGUUGCACCCGAGAAAUCACAAGACAAACAAAAAUUCCGCUCUGCACGCAAAAUUCCGCCUAAUGGAAAACCGGCUUUAGAGAGCUUUAGAUUUGGCUACGAAUACGACUACAAGAUUUGUUUACUUGUAACCCAGGUCACUUGUCACUCACUUUCUACCUGCUUUGUUGCUUAUUUUACUGUAAUAAAUGUUGCUGUCACUUUUGAACCCAUAAAGCAAAUUGCAAUUUGUUGCUUUUUCCCAGUCAGAAGCUGUCAUUUGUCGCUCUUUUUUAGAUAGUCUGUCGCCUCUUAAAAAUUAAGUCUUUUUAAGGAAUGUCGCCUGUCACUCAUUUUGUAGCUGCUUUGUCACAUGUUUUAUUGUAAUAAAUAUCGCUGUCACUUUUGAUCCCUAACACAAAUCACAAGUUGUCCUUAUAUAUUGAACUUUCUUACUGUUAUUGCAGUGAUACAGAUUUGCUGAAUGAAAAGAAAGAUCGUAAAUAUAAGGUUAUUAAAAUCAUUUUAUUCUUUUAAAAGCAAUCUUUGCUACAAAAUUCUUGAUUUGAAAUUGGAAUAUAUAUGCCAAUGAUGUAUUUUGGUAUUUACAUAGGAAGACAUUAGCACAAAUAAUGAAAAAAUUGAUCAUGGUAGAAAUAACUCUGGAACAUCUCCAUGUAAUAAUGUUGAUAAAUUAAGUUCUGAUGAUGAAGCAGAAAGUGAUGCAGUAAUUAUUAAAAUGGUUGAUGACAGUGAGUUUGAAGCUAUGAAGAAUAUGGGACUGCCAACAUCAUUUAUGCCUGCAGGUGUUUCGAUGCUAAGCAGCCAGGUAAUCUGUAGAAUCAUAGUCUUUCAAAACAUGGUUAGGAAACUCUGCUAAAGUCUUUGUUCUAUCUUUUUGUCCGUGUUUAUGCAGUUUUGUGCACGGUGCACAUUGUAUUUCAGUAUAAUGAACGAAUCAUCCAAUCGCAACGUUUCAGUUCAGUCAUUCAACCAUGCUAUUUAAAUAUUAGUAAACCUAAAACAAAGGAUGUGCACGGUGUAAGGUACGGCUCAACAUAAAAUCCCAGCUCAUUAUAACCGCUUUGAAGUUUACUGAGUUUCCAGACCAUGUCUCGAAAGACUAUGGUAGAAUUCAUCCCUAAAGCAUAAGCUAUGAACAUUCUUUAUUAAUUCGGAUCUCACUAAUUAUGUCACUACAAUAUUGUCACUCAAUACAAUAUUGUAGCAAUAUAAACUUACUUUUUAGGUUUAAUUACAAAUUUUGUGACAUCAACAAUUUUUUUUGAAAGAAAUCUAUAUUUUAACCCAUCCAGCAUGAGUGCUCUCACUUUGACGAGACAAAUUGUCUGGCAUUAGACAGAGUAAAUUAAUAAAGUAGGGCAUGUUAGGGUGCAGUGCAACUUACAUAAUGGAUUAAAUAAUAAUUACUGCAGAAAACAUGUCCCCACUUUUAUUUGUGUAUUGAUUUGUUUUGCAAUGGUGUUUUAACGCAAAUUAAGUAGGAUCAGACCACUUUGUAGGUUGUAAUUCACUUUUGGCAUAUUUCUACGGUACAGGUAAAGAAUGGGAGAAUGGUUAGCAAGAAAAAGAAAAAGAAGAAAUAUAAGAAAGAACAUACAAAACGAGAUCAAGAUGACUUAGAUUUUUCUGAUGUGCUUGAUAAGAACAAAUUUGACCAUGAAAAUGAAAGUGCCAAUGAGCCACCACUGAAUUCCAGUGAAUGUCCAGAAUUCCUAUCAGAUCAAAUUAAAGAAGAUGAUAUAUUCGCUAGACUUCAGUUCCAACCAGAAUUUUGUGACACGUCGUGUAAAACCAACAUUGAACAAGAGCCCAGUGUUAAUACAGUGACAAUGAACAAUGUUGAACCUUGUACAAGCGAUUUAUGUAAAGAAAGCACCACUGGAGAAGAUUAUCUUAACGAAGAAGUGAAACUAAAUCACAUGGAUAACCUCGCUAAUUGUGGUGACGACUUAGACGAACGAAGUGUAGUCAUUGAUAAGCAUGAACAGAAUUUAAUUGAACUCCCAAUACCUAACAGUGUAUCUUUUAUUCAUGAUAGUGCAGAGAAAGAAGCUGCAAAUUUUGACUCUGUGGACAUAGAGCCGGAAGUGAGCCUUGACAAUCAAAAUGAAAUGGCAGAGGAUGAAAAUAAGUUCGUGUUACAAAGUGGAACAAGCAAUAAGGAACAAUUUGUUCCUGAUAGAACACUGGAAGAAAAAAUGGACGCCUUGACACAGAAUUUGAAAGAUGCGGUAGGAAAAGAACCAAUAUCUAGUCUAUCAGAAGAUGCCUUGAAAGAAAGUACAAACUCAUUAGAAAAUAUGAAAGGUGUUGAGUUUACUGCUGCCCAACCUGAAUGUUUUGGUAAUUUUGAUGAAAAAGAGACCUCUAUUGUGGUGGAAGACAUUUUGGUAGUUGCCAGGAAUGAUAAUACGGGUGAGCUUGAAGGAAAUUUGAAAUCGUCCGGUGACAGCAGUGGUUGGGAAGAAUAUUGGAAAACGUAUGGUUAUGAGUUUACCUUGCAGAGUUGGAAUGCAAUACAUCCAGGAGUUUGCCCACCAGGUGAGGAAAUCGAAUUGAUAAAUUCUGUUGAAGGUCAUUCAGCAGAAGAGGAGUGUCCGCGCAAAGAAUCUUGGUUAAAAUUGCAAGAUGAGGUCUACAAUUAUUAUUUUGUCGAGUAUCACUAUUGGUAUGAGCAAGGCUAUCGUCAAAGGGAUGACAUGAAGCACGACAAUUGUGUAAAUUCAGACCUUAGGGAUUGUUCUGAUGAUGCUAACAGUGAGGGCAAUGAUACAGAGCAGAAAAAUGCUUGUGUAAAUGAGCGAACAGACAAGUCGUUGGAUAAUUCACUUCAAUUUAAUAAUGGUGAAUGUAUGAACAAGAAUGAUGGAGGAAUCUGUGUCAAUUCUAGUGACUCUAACGAUUUCAUUACCACGACGACAAAUUCUGUAAACCAGGGCAAUGCACGAUAUUUAAAAGCCAACCCUGACAAUGGAAGCGAAACAGAAACAAUAAAGAAUCAUCCGAAUUAUGACGGCAACAUAGAAGAAGAUACUGAUUUUAACGUUCCCAUUGAUUUGAACCAGGAAGAUAAUGUAGAAGGCAGUCAACCAAUUUACAGGCAGAACUCUGAAUGUGGUAUUCAACCUGAAACUUCCUAUUCCAGCGAUUCGGAAAAUAAACGGGAGAAAAGGUCAUUGGAAAUUGAUGAAAGUGAAAUUCAUCCACGAAAGGCGCUCCGAGAUGUUUACAGCGCGUUGGGAUUUAAAAUAUAUACAAAUUCACAACAGUACAAUGGUCAUCCGAAGUAUAAUCGCGCACACUUAAACUUCAAAGGAAAAGAACUGUUUGUUGGGUGCGAGGAGAUACGUUGUUCCAUGGCGAAGUGUAUUGAGCCGUGUCCCGCUAAGGUGGAGGAAAACCAGCUUAACGCUCAGAGUGACAGUGGUAUGGAUACAGAAUGUAACAAAUCGUCUUAUGAUGGUAAUGGUAAUGCUAGUGCUAAUAGUAAUUCAAAGUCGAAGAAUGGAAUGGUUGAACUUGAUAGAAUUGAUUCCUCUAGGGAUGAAGAUCGUGAAUGUCACGGUGUUUGUAGUGUUGACCAAUCAAUGCCAGACGAUAUACAUGAGGAAACUACAUGUAGAAUUUUUACAACCGGAACCCCUGACGAUCAUUGGGAUACUACUGGCAUUGCCGAUGACACUUUGAUUGAGUCGAGGUCUUUAAAAGAAACCCUCUGUCAGCUCACUGAUGAUGGUAAUAUUGCUAUAUGCGAGCGUCAUUCUGUUGGCGGAGUUGACGAUUCCUUACCUGGUAAAAUGUAUGAGGUAACUACUGUUCAGGUAAACGAGGUCUCUAUUGACUUUGGUCAACUUCCUGUUGAACAAACACCUUCUAAAGGGAGCCUCUACGAGUUUGUUGGUAAUUCUGAAAUUUCUGCCUGUGACCAUGAUUUCACCCCAUCUGAAGAAUGUGAUGAAGUUAUCUUUCCUGUAGGCAAAGUUACCGACGAGGUUCAAAAUUGCGUGGAUGGUCCAAACUCAAAUUCGCUUCAGCUUACAGCGUGUGAGCAUCAUAAUCACAGCGGUGUCAUGCCUGACUCUCAAAAUACUCUUGACCAUGCGUGUUCUGAUAAAACAACUCAGAACUUGCACUUUGACGAGACUGCAGAAGAAAGCGGAGAAAAGUGCUUGGACAAAACUGAAAACAAAAGCAAUCCUCCAGACCAAAGUUUGGCAAAGUAUUGGCAUCAACGAUAUCGUUUGUUCUCCCGCUAUGACGAGGGAAUUAAGAUGGAUGACGAGGCUUGGUUUUCAGUCACGCCUGAACGGAUUGCGAAGCAUAUUGCGCAUAGAUGUCGCUGUGAUCUGAUCAUCGAUGCAUUCUGCGGCGUUGGUGGAAACUCCAUACAAUUUGCAUUCACUUGUGAGCGGGUAAUAGCAAUCGAUAUUGACCCCGUGAAAGUGGAACUAGCCAGAUAUAAUGCUAGGAUUUAUGGUGUGGAGAAUAGAAUUGAGUUUAUUGUGGGUGACUACAUGAAGCUUGCUCCGACGCUCUGUGCUGAUGUGGUCUUCUUGAGUCCACCCUGGGGUGGUCCAGCUUAUUCGGAUGCAGCUGUCUUUGAUCUCCAAACUAUGAUCCCGAUGGAUGGAUUUAAGGUGUUCGAACUAAGCAGAGAAAUCUCUGAAAAUAUUGCGUAUUUUGUGCCAAAGAAUACGAACAUUGAGCAGUUAACCUCGCUAGCGGAUAUCGGUGGGAAGGUUGAAAUUGAACAGAAUCUUUUGAACAGAAGAGUGAAGACGAUCACGGCGUAUUUUGGUGAACUGAUAAAGGAUAGAAAGUCGAACAGGAAGACAUGAAGCUCUGACAUAUAGGUUGAUUUGUUGUAACCUGCAUGUGAAAUUGAAUUUUCUUUUAAAUACAGAGAACUGUAUCCUGUCUUUUUCCCCGGGCAAAGUUCGAACUGUUGCAAAGUAAUCUGAUGUUCCUUGCCGGAAAAAUUUGAAAAUCCAGAGUGUUGUCUAGAAUCUCUGCAGCAUUGUACAGUUAAUUACAUAAUGAUUCGUGAAAUCAGUCCAUAUCCCGUCACGUAUUAGUUCAGUUAGUCACAUAUGCUGUCACGUAUUUUUUAUGUUUUGUUUGUUAAAGGGGAAGUCAAGUCCGUAAUGUAAACAAACGGUUUGUUUACAUUUUGAACUGCUGUAUUUUUUAAAAUAUGAUGUACUGUCUGAAUAUCUGACACCAUUUUGGUUCGUUAUGCUUCUACAUGAAUAUGAAAUAGAGUUUGUGUUCAGAAAAAUUCGAAACAUUCAAAAUUUGGGCAAUGUUUACCUCAGAGGGCCCUCUAUUGUUAUGCGCAGAACCGAUGCGCAGAACGGACUUGACUUCCCUUUAAAUAAAUUUUAAUUUAUUAAAUGUUUAAUUAAAUGGUUUUAUUUUGCGUGUCUGUUUACACAA